UUUUGUAGGUUACUUCAUGAUUCAGGAUAUCCUGGUUCAAGACUUUUUGAAUCACCGCCCGACACUGUACCUCUGAUUUUCUUAGCAAUUUGAUUCCAAUGAAAUGAAACAAAAUAUAAUGGUCAGAAUAUUAAGCUGUAGCACUUUUUUCCCCCUUUUCCUAACACAGAACAACCAGUCUUGCUCAACAGAGUUGACACUCCCUUCUUUCCACUCAUUUGAACCUUAUUUGAAGCUUUAGUUCUGAUAAACAGGUUCAGUCAUGCUGAAAAGACAGAAAACAAGACACAAUCCAAGAUUAGCUCAGUGGUUUGGUGAAUCUCAUAAUGUUUGGAUUUAAUGAAGUCGAUUUAAUGAUUAAACUAAAAAUACUCUUAGUCCUGCACUUAAAAGCAGCAGAAUUGAAAGUAAAUAAAGGAAAAGUACUCAUUAGACAACAGAAAGGCUGCUGACAGUGUGUAUUGUAGUAUAAGAAUAUUAAAACAUUUCUGUGUAUGAAGCAUUUUAAUGUUGCUUGUCAAAGUAAAGCUUAUUAUAACUGCUUCUGUUGGGUAAUCUAAUUAAUAACAUAUGUUUUAUUAGUUGCUAUAUAUUUUAUAUUUAAUCCUUUAUCAUCAAAACAGUAAAUACUUAGUUACUUUCCAUUAGAAAGAUUACACCUCAUUUAAUUGAGGUUGCUUGCUCUCUAAUUAACUCUCUAAUCAUCUGAUGCACACUGCUAACUGGUAUUUAGCUUGACAUGAGUCACCUGUUUUCCUGUGUAAGCAUGUUAAUAGUUCCUGCUGGAAACGCUCUUGCAUUAGUCACAAAUUCCUAUAGUUUUAUUUAUAACUUUGUUAGAUCACCAUAGGUCACCAAGAAGAAAGUCCCUACAAGCCCUACAAGAUUUAUGAGUAAAGCACCUGUUCUGGCAAACAGAAACAUCACUUAUUAGAACGUGACUGACAGAACCGGAGAAUUCUGCAGCAGCACCACAAACCACACUGUGAUGGCGUACUCCACUAGCACUCUCGCACAGGGCUGUUUUGGGAAGGUGUACAAGCAGAAAUACAAUGAUACCUGGGCUGCUGUAAAGAAAGUCCCCCAGCACCUCAUCCCGAGGAAGGACCUAGAGAGAGAGUGUGAAGUAUACAACAAAGCAAAUCAUCCCAACAUAGUGAAGCUUCUGGGCAACAUAUCUCUCAAAGACGGUAAAUGGAUUAUUCCUCUAGAGUUUAUCUUUGGAGAAGACUUGGAGACCACCAUCUUCAAAUCAUCAAAGUCUAAAAUACAGUUGACGCCAACCAAUAAAGGCACUAUCAUUGUCGGCAUGUGUGAAGGGCUGUACCACCUCCACUCCAAAGAUAUUGUCCAUCAAGACCUCAAGCCUGAAAACAUCAUGGUGGAGCAUAACACAAAUAGAGCAGUCAUUAUUGACCUGGGACUGGCCAAGUUCUUCCGACACGGUCUCAACUCUGCCGUGGACAUGGGAAACGAGGCCUACUCAGCCCCUGAGGUGCUUAGGAGGUGCAGCCAACGGGACCAGCGCUCAGACGUGUGGGCCAUGGGUAAGAUCAUAGCUGAGCUCUGUGCCAGGAUUCGGCUCUACACGCCCAGUGUUUGUCCCACCAAGAUCAAGGAGACCCUGCAGGAUCAACCAUACUGUCAUGCUGUGUGUAGGAUGGUGGAGGCCGAUCCUACUCUGAGGGCCUCCAUGGGUGGAGUCAUGAGAGAGAUACGAAAGGCCGCAGGUGCAGGCAAUGUUACCAGUACACCCAAUCAAAUAGGGCACCUUAAGCCACCUACAUCGGAUGUCAAAAACAGGGAUCUCUCUCCAGUGAACAGAGGGGCAUCUCCAAUGAACAGGGAUCCAUCGCCAAUGAACAGAGGUGCAUCUCCAAUGAACAGGGAUCUAUCGCCAAUGAAUAGAGGUGCAUCUCCAAUGAAAAGGGAUCUAUCGCCAAUGAACAGAGGUGCAUCUCCCAUGAACAGAGGACAAUCACCCUUUAACAGAGAUCCUUCACCACUCAACAAGCCAUCACCGCUGAACUGGGAGCGGUCGCCCAGACCAGACACCAAGCUUUUGCAUCCUCAAACUGCCCUGCACCAUCCUCUUUUGGCUCAGAAGACAGAGGACAAGAACAAAAACCAGGCUCUGGUCCCGACUGGCGGAGCCGCCCUUACGCAAGACUUCAUGAAAAUGAAGUUGUACGAAGAGGCUGCAAAGGAUCUGCCCUGCAACCUACCCACAACAGGGAGGGUGGUGGUGCGGCGCUUUGAAGAAAAAAACGGGGAAUGUGAAAAAUGGGAGCAAAAGGAAGUGGUGACCCGUGAUGGAAAGAUUGUCAAGUUUGACAAUGUCAUGUUUAAUAGCAACUAAGAAUAAGAGUUUCACAAUGUACUAUUUGGAACGGCUGCAUGUGUUGGUUGAAUGGUUAGUCCGGGGUAACCUAACUUAUGGUACAGUACGAUACUUCUAUCUGUCACAGAUUAAAUGGACUUGUAACAUACUUAGAAAUGGAGGCUGGUCAUUUGAAGCUGUAAUGAUUAGAAUUUGAACCUUUACUUAUAUAUCUACAGACAUAGACAACCAUCUGUGAAUAUUUUUCAAGACUGUGAAUACAAUCACUACCUACCUACUUUCUAAACUUACUAAAUUCUCAAAUCUUUUGUGUUAUUGUAGACAUAGAUUUUGUUUUAUAUGUAUUACAUCUUUUUCAUUGCCAUUGCUUUAGCUGUUUUAAAAACAACCACUAUAGUUGAUGGUUAUACAGACAACAUGUGUCAGUACCAUACAACUAACUAAUUACGACUAAUUAUUAAUUGCAUAAUACUGGUUUUACUGCUUUUCAUUAGUUCUCAUGUUGGUAACUUCUAUUGCUUAUUGUUUACAUUGUUUACAUGGUUCCUUUAUUGGUCAAAAAAACUCUCCAGCUAAUGAAAAGAUGGUGAUGUUAAAUAGCUCAAUUACUGGAUGAUUUUUGUUUAGUUGUUUAUGUUAACUUAAUAUCUCAAACAAUCAAUUACACUUGGAAAGUUGUAAAAGUUGAAAGCUUAAUGGAAAGUUGGGUCCUUUGCCAAGAAAGUGAGUUUUUGGUGAUCCGACCAAAUCAAUAAAUCGGCACUAUGUGACUAUUUGCAAUUACUUAACACUUUAGCCCAUAACUCCUGAACUGAUGUAUAGAAGCAAAAUAUGAUUUGGUCAAGAUUGGCAAAUAAAUGUCAAACAAAUUGGCAAAUUUCAUCCAUCACCUAAUCGGUACACAUGGUACCAAAUUAACUGUUUAACUGUAUAAUGACUAGGUAGUGAUGGCUCAUUUGAAAUAUUGUAUUACCUCUCCUGGGCAUGAUUUAGGUAUUUUAGGUAUUUUUUUAUUUUAAAAAACUCAAUCACAUUGUGUGUAUGUCAUUUGAAAUACAUCUAAGCAUUGUGGAAACAAAAA